GGACGGAGAACCCUGGAGAGGAAGCUCCUGGAAUUCAGGUCCCAGUCCCACAGACCAGCCGGCCAGACAGGCCUCAGACAAGUCAGGAUGAGGCAGGGAUUGCAGGUUCUGCUUCUGGAAGCCGACCUCCUGUAAGGCGCCCAUCACAGGGCUCGGGCCACUUACCCAGGAGGCCAAGUAAGACACGGCGUCUUGGCACGGAAUCUGCGGCUCCAUCAUCCCCACCCAGGCGACGCAUUUCGGCAGUGUCACCCCAGCCACCACUGGCACUAUUGGCGAGUUCGCAGAGUGAUGAGCCCCGAUCACCUCAGUUAUCUGAGCCCAGCUUGAUGGCCGACGUGGACCAGCAGGGACAAGACCAACAGGCAACCAUCACACUGCAACUUACACCUGUUGACCCAAGCCAGCCAAUACAGCUGCAGGAUAUCCCCCAAGCCUCCAUCAGUCCACAACUGGCACAAGCUCCGCCCCCAACCCAAAUACCAGAUGACUUUUGGGCCAGUUGGACAAGCCAACAGGCACAAAGCAAUGCCAGCCUGACCGCACAUACACAACACCUUGCCAGUCUGCCCCAUCAUCUACCGUGCAUUAGUCGCAACUCGGGCAGACUGAUUGUACAAGUAGGGCGAAUGGCAACCUCAAUGGAGCAAAUAAGGGCUGACAACAGCCAAAUGCUUGCUCAUUUAACGCGCAUCAUAGAUGAGCAACAGCGCCAUCAGCAGGCACUCGUUCAGCUCAUUCAGCACAACCAGGUUGUGAAUGAGUCCUUAUCCCGGAUUGUAGCCAGCCACACUGCAACCAACACUCAACUGAUUGCAAGCAUUAAUAAUUUGAGCAGCAAUAUUACAUUGAUGGGAGCUCACCAAGUAACCUCCAGCUCGGGGACCACGACCCCUAUCCAAACGCCAGUAACCUCCCCUGUUCGGCGUUCCUCCAGAGCACGUGCCAGUGAGCCAGCACAAAGCACAGCACCCAGCACACACAAGCGGAAAAAAUAACCCCAAUGUGAUUUGCAAAAUAA